CAGCAGCUCGUCACUAUGUGUGUGUCAAGGUGUCUACAGUGUGUGGGCGUAUCUCUGGUUCCCAUGGCAAUCAUCUGCAUGUUAUCCAACAUCCUGCUGCUGCUUCCUGAGCUGAAGAUCAACUUCCUGUUGGAGGGUCAUGUGACCAGAGAGGCCACGUGGGCCACGGGCCUCUGGGCAUCAGGAUUUAUGGUUCUUCUUGGAGCUCGAGCGUUUGUUCGCAGCAGCGGAACCAGAGGCUGCUGUGCAUUCAGGCGUCAGAUGUUGUGUCAGGUGCUGAAUUCCACUGGUUGUCUGGUGGCAGCUGGUGGCUGUUGUCUGGUCAGUGCUACGGGCCUCAUUCAGGGGCCCCACUGUCUCUACAACACCACCACUGGUCCCACCUGGGGGGUCCCACUGCGGCCCCUUCAUGACUGUCAAAGUUACCUGUACAAUGCUACCCUGUGGUCAGGAGUGUGUCUGCAGCCUCGUGCUGUGGUUCAGUGGAAUGUAGUACUGUUCAGUGUGAUGGGGGGCGCCAGUGGGCUGCAGACUCUUCUCUGUGCAGCAAACGUCCUGAACUCAAUGCUGGGUCUGAUGCUGGGACGAGGUCUCCACGGCAACAAGGUCAGUCCAGUGUCAGUUUAAGAUGCCCCUGGUGGAUCCUGAAUGAGGACGUCAUCCAACACUUCAUAAGUUAAAAAAUAUUUUAUUUUGGCAGGUUCCUCUAAACAGCAUUUUAGGUGAAAGCUUUAAAAUGAGUUUUUUUCUCGGUGAGAUCAGUGUGUGUCAGUAAAUAAAGUGUAUGUGUUUUCAGUGUGUAUUUCUUCUUAAACAUGCUUCUUAUUGUGUUGUGUUACAUAGUUUUACUUAUGUCAACAUGUGUGUAACUUCAUCUUUUGAGUUUGAUUGACAUGACGUACAAUUUUUCACAUUUCGUAAUCCGUUGUUGAACUUUCUUCUCGACCACACACACACUAACUGAC